AUGCAGCCUCUUAUUCUUCAUUGUUCAACUUCGUUAUCACCACCACUAACCUCCAUCAAUAUUCGUCUCAAACUCUUUGACGAAUCAUCAACACCACACCUCAACACUACACGGUUGUUCUUAUUCAUCUCAAACUCACAAGCUAGUACGUUAGCUUGUGAUAUGUUGAAGCUUGGCAUGAAUACACGGGGGAUGAAGUUUCUAGAAGAGAGUAGGCUUUCAUGUGAACUGACUUGGUUGAACAGGACAUCCGGUUCAUUAUGCAACUCAAGGUUUGAUGACAGUGGCGAUGCACCUCUUGGAACCAUGGAAGCUUGGAGCAAAGAUAAUCGCAAGCAUGAAGACAACUUUCACAUGUUCUUUAAACAUUGCAUUAUUAUUUGUAAUAGCCUUUAG